CAUUUGUCAGAGGGCGCCUCCUUUUCUUCAAAUAAACGUCAACUUUCGCCAGUGGCCGCUCUCAGACGUCUCUCUCUGCCGGUGCAAUCAAACGAUAGCUACUUUCCUCACUUCUCACAAAUAUUACUUUAUUGGAUUUCAUAAAAAAAACGCUGAUUAUUUUGAAACAUAAGCCAUGGAGUCCGCGAUCGGAAAUCUUGAACAAAGCGUUCAAAAAGCCGACGGGAAGCUGGACAUGAUCGCCUGGCAAAUAGAUGCUUUUGAGAAAGCUUUCGAUGACCCGGAAAAUGAGAUAUCUGUGCUUCGCCUAUUACACUCUGUUCAUCAAGUUACGAAAGAUUAUCAGAAUCUCCGUCAAGAAAUUUUGGAGGUUCAGCAGUUACAGAAACAGCUUUCUGAUUCACUUAAAGCUCAGCUUACGCAGGUGCAUGGACAUUUUAAUUUAUUGCGUAAUAAGAUCGUGGGACAUAAAUCACCACAGUUGAAAUAAAAUAGUUUAUCGCGCAUUUUCUGGAAAAUUGUCCAUUAUUUCCAUAGAAUAUUAUUUGGAAAAUUCAAAUAUAAUUUUCGCCAAAUAUCAAUGAAAUUUCGAGCGUAGUCAGAAUUAUAUUUGCAACUUUCGUAAUACAUCAUGCAUGAUGCAAUCUAGUUAACUGCAACAAACGGUCCAUCACAUAGAAAAAAAGAGAAAUAGAGAGAGGGAAAGAAAAAAGGUAGAGACAGAGAUGGCAUACUGUAACAUUUCCUUUAAGAACUUCUAGUAGCACAAUUGACAUUUGUGAUAUAAUAUUUGCUUAAACACAUUGUUUCUGUGUAUAUAAUUCUCGACGAUUUUAAAAACUGAUCUCUUUGGAAAUGAAGCGACAUCAACAGCCAUUGUUGACAAUUAACUUAUUUGAUUUAUAUCAUAAAUGGCAAGGGGGCCAAUUUAUGCGCUGGUAUGUGGAAAGAAUAGCAUUGGGACUGUUGGAUUUAAAGAGUGUCCUAUGUAGCUUCUAUUGUUCACUGAUUAUCAUUUCGAAUAUAUUGGUAGAUUGCGGACAAUAUAUAAUAUUAUGUCUAAUUUUUAAAUGAGUUUAAGAUAAUAAUAGCGCAUUAAUUGAAUGACUACAGUUAUUAAUACACACACACACACACACACACAUACGCGCGCGCAUAUACACAUUUGUGUAUAUUUCCGUUAUCAUUAAAGUGUUAUCUGCAUACAUUCUUCUUACACCAUUUUGAGGACAAUGGUUUAUUGAAGAUUUUAUUUUUUUGUGUAUCGAUCAAAGCGCUUUGCGAGACACUGGGAUCAGAACAAGUGCAAGCUUAGCAUGAGAUCAUUGUGUGUAUUUAUACCUAGCUUUAAGUUAGUCAUUUAUGCUUUUAUAAUGUUUUUACUGUCUCGGGAACAAUAGUUUUAGUAUUUUAUUGGUUCGAGUAUAAAAAAUCUCAAAUGAUGUAGAUUUAAAAAAAACAUGUCAAUUUUUUCUUUCUUCAUUAUGUUGCAUCAUGAUAAUGUUUAUAUAUUUAAUUGAUACGUAAUGCAACGGUUAAUUAAUACAUAUUGGACACCGUUUAUCAAGGCGUAUACGUGACACAUCAAUCGUGAUUGUAUAAUUGACUACGCUUCCUAUACUUUAAUGAAAGUAUAAUCUCGAUUCUGAUCAUGUUGCAUUAUCGUUGUGUUAACAAAGUAAAUAUACAUACCUGUCACUGUGAAAACGAUCGUAUACAGUUUGCAGCGGUUUUCAGUUUACAUUUCGACAUUUUCCUUACCGUGCAACAUCAAAACGUCAAGAAUGAAACAAGUAUAUACUCUUAAGGUAAAUGUCCUAGUGAUUGAACGUGUACCGAUAAUUGAAUUAUUAAUAUUUGUAUUUGUUAAGAUGCUUAUCAAUAAAUGAAACAAAAUCACAAAGUAAC